UGAAUAUUCUACAUUCGUUUACAAUCAACUUAACCACUAUAAUGUUUAAACUUGUCUUGAUAUUUCUCCAGCUUUUUAAUAUUCAAGUAUAUUGUUCCAUACAAAGGGGAUGGCUCUUAAACGAUGGAAAUAUUAUGCCGCCAAUAGCUUUUGGUACGUUUGGUAAGAGAGUUGACAUAGAAGAUAAGGUUGGCCAAUCUAUUGAAUGGGCGAUAGAGGCUGGAUACAGACACAUUGAUACGUCAUAUAUAUAUUUAAAUGAGAGAGUCAUUGGAGACGCAAUCAAAAAAGUAAUUAAACGAGGAGUGAUUACUAGAAAGGACCUGUUCAUUACCACAAAACUCGACGUAUUCUCUAACAGAUCCUUAGUAAUUCCAGCACUUCGUAAUUCGUUGAAGAGGUUACAGACAGACUAUGUCGAUCUUUAUCUUAUUCAUUCUGCUCGCAACCUGACUGGUAGUCCUAUUAAUUAUUUGGAAAGUUGGAAAGGUAUGGAAGAUGCGAAAAAGUUGGGAUUAACGAGGUCUAUCGGAGUAUCCAACUUUAAUAGCUCACAAAUAAACGACAUCUUCGUCAGUUCAAAAACACGCCCCGCUGUUAAUCAAAUUGAGGUUAAUCCGACGUACACAAAUUUAGACUUGGUAGCGUAUUGCCAAAGUCAAGGUAUACGUGUGAUGUCCUAUUCUCCUCUUGGCAUGAUAGUACCCAGACCUUUGCUGGAAAACCUAAUACCAAAUCCGGAAGGACCCGUAAUUGCGAAAAUCGCUCAAAAAUACGGUAAAACAGCAACUCAGGUAGUCAUUCGCUAUUUGAUCGAUCGUGACACUAUUCCGAUACCAAGGUCAACAAACAGAGAACACAUAAAAUCGAAUAUAGAUGUUUUUGAUUUUUCAUUAACUGAAAAAGAAAUAUAUAUGAUCAAUCAAUUUAACAUAAACAUAAAAAUUUUUAAUGAUCUCGCAUUAUCAGAUGAGCUUUUCGAAGAGUAUUAUGGUGGGAACAAAAAGGAAUUUUUAGAAAUGUAUUUACACGAUGUAUCCCUUCUUAAGCCAUAAGCGGGAAUCCAAGCCUUUUUUAUUGUUUUCUAAUAAUACCAUCUUAUUGAAAACUGUCUCAAGGAAAUGACGUAUCCAUCCAUUCUUGUGCUCUAAGGUUCUUUCCUAAUCCGUGGUCUAACACUCACUUAAUUAUUCCAAAAUAUUUAAUGAGUGUUACUCAAUUUGUCAACUCUAAACGAAAUGUUACCAAUGCUAGUAGAAGUUACAACAUAAAAUAUAAAAAAAAUUAAAGUCAAAUAUUGAGAUAUAUGUAAAUGUCUGCAUCAAACCGAU